AAUGAAGGUAUCACCAAAAUACUUCAAUCUUACUGAAAAUUAAGAAAAAUAAUAAAAAAUGAAUACUAAAAUAUACCAAAAAACUAAGCCAAAUUUACUUAAUAAUAGCAAGAACGAACAUAUGCCAAAAAAAAGAUGCUUUAAUCAAUAUUGUUAGAAAGGAGGACAAGUAGACCUUAUAAUAGUAUAAGAUAAAUCCUUCAAAAAAAACGGCAACAGCAAAGAAAAAAUAUACUACUGUUCAAAAUGCUUUGAAAGAUACAGAGGAAACUAAUACUGUCAAUACUGCAAAUAAAUAUAUUUUGACACAAAUGAAGUUGAUGGUGAAGAAUGGAUUUAAUGUGAUGAAUGUGAUUUUUGGCUACAUAAGUAAUGUGAAGCUUAACAUGGAAUUGAAAAUAUCGAUGAAUUUAUUAAAAGAAAAGAAAAAUAUGAAUGUCCUAGAUGUAGAUUGAGAAGUAAAAAAAAUGAGGUAAUCAAAUAUAUGAUAUAGUAAUGCAUUUAUUUUUUUUAGUAUUUUGUAAAUUAUCAUUAUUUAUAA